AUGAGCUGCUGUGGCUGUUCAGGAGGCUGUGGCUCCAGCUGUGGAGGCUGUGGCUCCAGCUGUGGGGGCUGUGGCUCCAGCUGCUGUGUGCCCGUCUGCUGCUGCAAACCUGUGUGCUGCUGUGUGCCAGCCUGCUCCUGCUCUAGCUGUGGUGGAGGCUGCAAGGGAGGCUGUGGCUCCAGCUGUGGAGGCUGCAAGGGAGGCUGUGGCUCCAGCUGUGGAGGCUGCAAGGGAGGCUGUGGCUCCAGCUGUGGGGGCUGCAAGGGAGGUUGUGGCUCCAGCUGUGGGGGCUGCAAGGGAGGCUGUGGUUCCAGCUGUGGGGGCUGCAAGGGAGGCUGUGGCUCCAGCUGUGGGGGCUGCAAGGGAGGCUGUGGCUCCAGCUGUGGGGGCUGCUGUCAGUCCAGCUGCUGCAAGCCUGUCUGCUGUUGUGUGCCUGCUUGCUGCUGCUCCAGCUGUGGUGGAGGCUGUGGGGGUUGUUGCCAGUCCAGCUGCUGCAAGCCCUGCUGCUGCCAGUCCAGCUGCUGUAAGCCCUGCUGCUGCCAGUCCAGCUGCUGUAAGCCCUGCUGCUGCCAGUCCAGCUGCUGUAAGCCCUGCUGUUGCCAGUCCAGCUGCUGUAAGCCCUGUUGCUGCCAGUCCAGCUGCUGUGCACCCAUUUGCUGCCAGUGUAAGAUCUGAGGCUCACUUCAUCCAUUCCCCAUUUGACUGUGAGGAAAACUUGCCCUGCCUCAGCAAGACUUCUCCUCCACUCCCAUCUCCCACCCACAGCUCUUGUCUCAGCAUCCUUGCUGAUGACCCAGGACCCAGCACCAUCAGGGAACCCUGAGUCUGGGAUUUCCUGAUCUCUUUACUUAUCCUUACAACAGCCCUUCCAGAGGAACCCUCUUUAUCCCCUUCUCCCCAUCCUUCCCAGGCUCUCCAACUUCCCCGGUCAAGGGGACAUCACCCUGCCAAGAACAACCGGCAAAGGGCUGCCCAGCAAACCAUGCAGACCCCCAGGGGAACCUCUGGUCAUCUCCAAGGAUCAUCUGCCCUUCUCCCAGAUGUGAGGCCAUCACUGGGGAUUGCUGCACUGCCUCCCAACAGCCUUCAUUCCUGGAUUCCCCAACUCUCUCCUCCAAAGGGUCUCUUUGCUUAUCUUGGGCUCCUUUGGCUGUCCCUGGAAACCAGGGAAACAAUUUUGUUUCAAUAAAAGCUACCCUUAA